UUAUACAGUCGAUGGAUUGAUCCAUUUUGUGAUUUAGAUACUUCGUAACAUAAAAAUCAUGUUCUCGACUUCCUUGGCUUUCACGUUCCUCUGCCUUGGAUAUUCUACAGCAAAUUUCGUCUGCCCUCCCAACGAAUUUUACGAUAGUUAUGGUACAGCAUGCCCCCCAACCUGUCAAAAGCCUGUAAUUAAAUAUUGCACCUAUAAUUUUGCACCCGGAUGCUUCUGCGUGCCCAAUUUUAUCAGAGACGAAAUAUCAGGAAUGUGUGUUAAAACAUGCCCGUGAGAUUCGAUUUGUUGAAAUUAUUGUUUAAUCUGAAUUGAUUCACAACUGAUAAAAACUGUCUGAGUUAAAAUGAAUAAACUUUUGGUACACCAUUUCAAAUAAAAAUAAUCAUUUUUC